CAGUGAUUGUGGGCCGGAUGGAGGGUGGUAGAAUUUUUUGUCAGGUGAUCUCUUCUAUUCUGUGAUUUUCUAUCAAACUAAAGGUCAACCAUGGCAGCAGCAGAAGCAACAACCGAACCAACCAACAGCAGUGGAGCUGGCAAUCCCCUUCCGCUCAAAGCUAGUCGCGAGGAGUGGCUCGAAUGCCAGUUCAGUUCCUGGUUUCCCACCUUUUGCCAUUUGGACAAGUGUGAUUGUGACGAACGCCGCAGCAACGUGACGAUCAAGUCCCAAAUUGUGUCGCCGCUUCCUGCCGAUUUCUCAGACUUUUUGCUGGCCGAUGGAAUUCGUUUGCCCAAUGGAGCUACCAGACUGUCUUCCUGUGCUCCCAAUGAACAACCACAACAAUCUGAUGACAGCAGUUGUGACGACGAUCAGCAGUCCAAUGAUUCAGAGCAACAACAAUUUUCAUUUCCCCAACUCAACCAACAAAUCGAAGAAGCCAUUGAAGCCUUGGGAGGAUCGGUGGUGCCCAAGUUGAAUUGGUCGGCGCCCAAAGAUGCCACAUGGGUCAACGAAGGAACCCUGAAAUGCAAGACGCCAGGAGAUGUCUAUUUAUUGCUCAAAAGCAGUGAUUUCUGUCUCCAUGACUGGCAAGUCUUUCAAGAAAAAAUUCAAGAGCAAAAAGAAUCCAAAGAAGAAGUGCAGCCUCGACUGGAACUGGUGCUGCGGAAAUGGUGCAAUUUCUAUCCUAGUAUGGAGUUUCGAUGUUUUGUCAGAAAUCACAACUUGAUUGGCAUAUCCCAACGAAAUCACAGUCAGCAUUAUCCACAUUUGCUUCACGACAAGGAACGAAUACACUCGUUCCUUGUUGAAUUCUUUGAGGAUGUCGUGUGCCACCGUUUUGCCAACAAUCAACGUGCCAAUUACGUAUUUGACGUUUACGUUGACAAGAGCGAUCGGGUGUGGCUGGUGGAUUUCAAUGUUUGGAGCGUCCAAACCGAUGCCUUGCUCUUUGCUUGGGAAGAAUUGGUUGACUUGCCAGUGCCACUAUUAGUAGUAGACGACUCCUUUCCGGAACUGCGCGUUGUCGAAACUGCCUUGGAAGUACGUCACGAUCCCUUGUCUUCCUAUCGGGCUCCCAUGGAUACCGUCACCUUGGCCUCGGCGUCUAAUACAAUUGGGUGCGGUGGCGGUGCUGGCCCUGCAUCGUUUGAAUCCUUCAUGGCCAUGUGUCAAAAACCAUCUGAGCGAACCGAUUGUGACGAUACGAGUAGUAGUGAUGAAUGAAAAAAAAUUGGCUGGCGGGGAGCACGAGAGCAGCAAACCGUUGGCACAAGAAUCAUCUCCAUAUCAGCAAUCAGAAGCUUUGAUAGAUCAGGUGCACCAUCAAGAAUUUCUGGGAAAGAGUGUUAAUUUCAAACCGAUUAGUAGCUUUCCUGGUUCUCCGGGGUUUUCGCUAGCUAGCUAUGGGAGGUUUCGACGGAGUUGUCUCUGGGUUUUCAGAACAUAAGGUGUUUUAAAAAUAAAAGCACAAACAUAUACCUAGC